GGGUAAUUCCAGAUGAGUGCAGAGUCAGUGAAGCGGCCCCGUCCUCGCGCUCUCUGGGACUUUUUCUUCUUCUUCCCUCCUCGCGCAGACGAACGAACGAACGAAGGGGCGGAAACGAUUCCUGUGUAGCAGCCAGGCUCGAGGACCUGCAUUUUGACAACAAAUCAAUAAAAAUCGGAGACUCGAUCGCCGCGCGGGUUGGAAGCAGAGGCUGUCGCGGUGUUUGAACUCGGCUCGGCUCGGAACUUUCACACAUUUAUCGUGAGUCAUCGGUGAGUUUUGAUUUUUGUCUCCCCCUCCUCCAUCCUAACGUGUUGUUUCUCUAACGUUUGAUUGUGCACGAGCCUGUCGAUAGCUAGGUGUAAAUGCGCGUAUUAUCAAUGAAAACUAACACCGCGCUGAAUGGAAACCCCUUAUACAUCUCUGUUUUGAGUCUAUGUGUGUUUAGAAAAUAAUAAUUAUCCUUAUGGACAAACAUAUUGGAGUGGCUUUCAUUAGUUGCUAACGAGAAAGCAAUAUGGAGGAGGUGGAGGAGGAGGUAACGGCUAGCUGCAAACUGAGGGUCCCUGAGAGGCUUUGUCGUGAGCUGAUUCUCCUAUAUCUGCUUCAUGUUUACAACAAAAACCACACAUUAAAGAUGCAAAGUGUGUUUGAAUGAACGUCAAAUCCAACUGUUAAACAACCUGGAUUGUUAACCAUCAGUCUGGAUUUUCCACAUCGGUGUUACAUACUGCUAAACCGCCGCCAGGUGUUGCAAACCUCCCGUGUUCCUCCUGUUGUUGUUGAUGCUGGCUGUAACAGGCAGGUCCAUCUCCGGUACAACACAGCUGGAUUAUUAGUUAUCUUGUUAAAGGUUAUUUUUAAACCUGCAGACCCUUCCCCUUAAGAAAUCUAAUGAGUUAACAGUGUCUCUUAAAGUCAUGGUACAUGUGUAACUUCAGGUUUUGCAGUUAAGACAGUAGAAGUCAGACAAACAAACAAAAAGGCAGUUUAUCAUCAUCAUCCUUAUUUGACUAAUAUCAAUAUCAAUAAUUUCUUCCUAGAAUAAAGCCUUUUUAAUAUAUUUUGCUCACCACAUCACCUCUUCAUUAUACCUUACAGUAUAGCCAUAACAUCUGCAUUUUAUCUUUAGGUGAAAAUUUAUUUCAAACCAAGAUCACUAUCGCUAAAAUUAGUAACACCAUCACUAUCGCCGGGUGAUUUUUACCCGAAAUAAUAUACCCAAGAAAAAGUACUUGCCAUGAAAAUAUGACAAUACACAACAAAUUAAAUUUUUUUUUUUUUUUUUUUUUUAAACUGUGCAAUGACCAAAGGGAGGGAAAAAAGGUGCCACGAGGGGACCAUAUAAAUAUGCAAGAAAAUAACUGAAAUUAGACAUUCAUGAACAAAAAAAGUCCUUAAAAAAAUAGAUUUACAGUACAGGCCAAAAGGUUGGACACACCUUCUCAUUCAAUGUCUUUUCUUUAUUUUUUAUAUGACUAUUUACAUUGUAGAUUAUCACUGAAGGCAUCAAAACUAUGAAUGAACACAUUUGGAAUUUUGUACUUAUAAAAAAAAGUGUGAAAUAACUGAAAACAUCACCCUGUGAACACGUGCCCGUAGGAAAAAGCAGGUUUUGCAUCAGGGAAACAAACAUGCCUUCAAAGAUGUCAAACGAAAUGCUGAGGUACUAGCCACCAAACAUCUUUUUAACCUUGCCUAAUUUCUUUAGCAAAGAGACUAAACACAACUCACCUACUCUCUUCCAGCAGCUGCUGGUUUGUAGUGAGACCUCGGGCCAGUUCAUCACGGACUACAGCGGGGUGACACAGCUCAAGGAAGAACAUUUAUGAUCAUUUCUUCAUCAUUUCCUUGAAGUAAUAAUCACCAUAGGAUUUUUUUUGCACCGCAGACGUGUUAGGUCCUCUGCCUUAGCGUCUUGGUCUAAAUGCAUUUCCAUGAAGAAAUGAUCAUAAAUGUUCUUCCUUGAGCUGCGUCACCCCGCUGUAGUCUGUAAAGGACUGGCCCGAGGUCUCACUACAAACAAGCAGCUGCUGGAAGAGAGUAGGUGAGUUGUGUUUAGUCUCUUUGCUAAAGAAAUUAGGCAAAGUUAAAAAGAUGUUUGGUGUCUAGUACUAUGUCUGGGACCCUAUAUGUACUGUUGAUGAAGUUAGGUGCUGUUCUGAGCAUUAUUUGUGGCUAUAGAGUGGCGUUUUGGUUGAGGUUUGUUUAUGGCUCCUCAGACAGCUGUGUUUGCUAUCCUGCGGUCGUUACUAAACUUGGUAUAACUAGAGAAGCAAGCGGUCGGCAACAUUCAUCUCUAGAGGGGAUGUCUAACUCGGUGUGUUUGACCCUAAAUUAAUUUUACGCUGGAAUAUCCCUUUAAGUUAAAACUCCUUUAUGCUGUCGUUUGUGCAGAAUGUGUUGCGACAUUUUUUCCAAUUAGGAUUUUCUUGCAGUUUAUAAAUUCCUGCAGAAUCAGAGUGUUGUUGAUUUUCUUGUUACAUAUGUUAUCCCAUCAUAAGCUGACACAUCUUGAUACUGGGAUCUUGUGGUCAAAAUAAAACACUCAUAAAUGACACUGUUUUAACUGGAGAAAGUAACAGCUUUGUUCUACCAUGAGGAUAAGUAAAAUUGAGAUCUCAACGAAACAACCGAAAUGAGCAUGUCCUCUCAGGGCUUCUGUAGUUUGUGGAAAAGUUUGUUGUUCCCAGUAAAAACAGACUAGUAUGUCUUGCUCAUCAAAUCGAUAAAACAUGAGAAAAGGUUUAAAUUUCUCUGCUGUAACUGAAGUUAAUAGAUCGAGAAAAAGAUUCACAUAAAAGAUGAUCAUUAAUCAGUAAUCAUUUGAUGGUUUUGUGUUUUAUUUCCCCUCUUUUUACACGUCAGUAACAGACAAAAACCUGUCUUAAUGUUUGAACUCGAGGACGUAAAAACCACGUCUUCUCCUGUUGAUCUGUAUUUCCUCGGGUUUGUACCCGUGUAUCUGUUUGUAAAUGAACCCCGUUCUCCAAUGCUGUUCUCUCCUCUCCACCACGUUGAUCCUGACUCUCUUCCAUCACGCAACAAUCUCCAUGUUGACCAGGAACCUGCUGGUCCCCAGGUCUACCUGAUGAGUAUGAGCCUGACUACAGAACCCCCUAACGAUGGCCCCACUGUCACAGAAGGUUUAAAAUAUCAUUAUUUUCUCACAUCAAUAUCUCUGUAUCACUUGUCCUUGUUCGGUAACGGUGUUUGUCGAGCUCCAAGGAAUGAAUCGUUAUCUCUGUGGCUUUAUGAAUGUUUGUGUGACCCAUUGAAACCUGAGAUCAAUAUUCACAUCUCAAAGUCUGCGACAGUUUUUAAACACCUGCAGGAAAUCUAAGUUUACUGCCUCACAUCUCAGCGAUGGCUGCAGGAAGUGUCCGCUCACUGCACCUGUUUCCUACCUGUCAGAGAACAAAAUGACCACUCCUGAGAAGAAGGAGAAGAAGCCCGAUGAGGUGGCUGAGGAGGAGGAAGAAGAGGAAGAAUACGUGGUGGAAAAGGUCCUGAAUCGGCGGGUGGUGAAGGGGAGAGUAGAGUAUCUUCUCAAGUGGAAAGGCUUCUCUAAGUGGGUGUUUUUCUCAUUAUCAUGUUUCUGAACGUUACAUUUUGAAUUCAUGGAUAACAUGUUUGAAUACGUUUGUUUCUGCAGUGAAGAUAACACGUGGGAGCCAGAGGACAACCUCGACUGUCCGGAUCUGAUCGCCGAGUUUCUGCAGUCUCAGAAAUCAGCGCACGAGGGGAAGAGGAAGGCAGAAGGAGAGGGAGACGAAAGCAAAUCGAAGAAGAAAAAAGACGAUGUAAGUCCUGAAUCUUUUGUUUUGAACCUCACAGGAAGAGGAGGGAAAACCCCCCCGAACCAGCCAUCAGCAGAGUGGUAAGAGGAGACGUUUCGGGCGGCAGGUGUUCCCUGAAACCUCAUCGCCAUCAGCAGCUUUUCUGUUCAUGACGGACCACAUCAAAAGCUCUGAUCGCAGCUGCUCUUGAUAAGAGAGGGUGUUGAUUCAGGUUUCAACACAGAUUUCAAUAACAGGCUCCUGUCCUCGGCAACACGUUCAGGCUGCCGUCUAAUCGAAAGGCGACUCAGGCCGUGAUUUGAAUGCUGCAAAAUCUGUAAUAUUUAAAUCAGUCGUUCAUGCCGCGGUAAAUACAACUUUGAAGUCUUUGUUUUGUCAGUCGUUUGUCGGCUUCUUCAUGAUCUAAAUUUGAGAUUUUAGUGGUCAUUUAGAGAGCUGGAAAGUUCAUCUCUGCAUAUGAUAUUUUUUCUCGUCCUCAGACAGAGAAGUUAAGGGGCUUCGCUCGAGGACUGGAUCCAGAACGGAUUAUCGGUGCCACAGAUUCCACAGGAGAACUCAUGUUCCUCAUGAAAUGGUUUGUAUCCUCUCGACUGAUGGGAGCCGUUUGAUCUGGAACACCGCUGACUGUGUUUUAAUAACUGGACUGAUCUGAAUGAAACAAGAGACUAAUUUAAGGUGUGUCCCAAAUUGCAUACUUCCAUACUACAUACUUAGAUUUUUGAAAUUGAGUAUUCUAAGUAUACUAUGUACUCGAUCGCCUAGUGCUUGAAUUUCGAGGGUGCAGUGUUGUACCAAAUUGCUUGUCGUCGCGUGGCGCACUCACCGGAAAUAACGACGCGAUUUUUUCUUCUACGCCAAUUUGUCACCGGCCAGCUCUGCAUCAGCUAAUUACCGCCACCUUUUGCCUGCGCUCGUUCAUCCAUUUUUUAAGGUAAAAUCAGCAACAAAACUAACGUUCAUCGCUCAUUUUUACGCCACGGGUAACGCUUCAGAACCUGGCAGGUACUAGCUAACUAGCUAACGAGCUAACUAGCAUUCAUGAUAACGUUCACGGUAAAAGACAAACAGGUUACACCACAAAUAUACUCAAAACGAUAAACGCUGGCGGUGCUUGGUGGAAAGAACGUGACAAAGGCAACGUAUUACUUACAUCUGUGCAAAGCUCACAGGUCGACCGCCGCCGACCCUUUGGCGCCACAGCCGUCCGCAGCCAUUCUUACUGAUGAAAUGAGUGCGGCGAGUGUCCACAGUCGGAUACUCAAAAUCUUGACUGAUUUGAGUAUGUCAUCUGGGUCCUUUUGCCUACUUAAUUUUCACAUACUAUCCAUACUUUUUUCCAUUUUGCGUUGAGUAUACUCAAAAUUUGAAGUAUUUAGUAUGGAAGUAUGUGAUUUGGGACACACCAAUAGUCUGUUUGGAGAGAAAAUUCAUUCUGAUCAGAGUGUUGGUUUAUGCCGUUUGAUGUCUUGGUUGUUCGCCAAGUCAUUAGAAUAAAAUUCAGAUUAAAGACGAACUUUUAUUACCUUUUUUUUUUUUCAUCUAAAAACUAAGCUGCAGAUCAAAACAGCCGAUCAACCACGACUGUCUAAUGCUUUUAGUCUUUUUUUUUAAGUGCACUUACGCAGACAUCUGGAUCUGAUCACUCCUCUGCCCUGUUAUUCAAAGGGAAAAUAUGUCAAUAUUGUGAGUUAACCAAAUUCUAAUCAGUCACAUUUGUUUUUGGUGUUUUCCUCGCAGGAAAAACUCCGACGAAGCAGACCUAGUGCCAGCAAAGGAGGCCAACAUCAAGUGUCCGCAGGUGGUCAUCUCCUUCUACGAGGAGAGACUCACCUGGCACUCGUACCCGACUGAAGACGAGAAGAAAGACGACAAAAACUAACCGAGGGAAAAGGGGCCAAUGGGGGGACAAAAAAGAGAGAAGCUGUAGUUUUGAACUUCAUUGUACUUUGGAAAGGGGCGGGAGGGUUGGGAGGGGGACAGAGACAAGCAAGACACCAUUUGACCCCUUUGUCUUUUGGUGUAGUUCCACCCAUUUGAUUCUACUUUUAUCUGGAUAUAAUCAAACUGUAAAUAUGCUUCAGGUUUGCUCGACAAAUCCCAGCCUGACUUAAAUGUAAAAAAAAAAACAAAGGCAGUGUUAAUUUCCAGCAUCCAGUCCAGUUUUACGGCUGCGUCAGUAUCGGUUUAUAAACAGUGCUGUCAUUUUGCUCUUAAAUUGUAUCGGUGAGCCUUUUUUAUUUUAAAAUUUCAAUAGUGUGCCAUUUCUCCCUUUUUUUUUUUUUUCAACUCGGUACUUUUGACAGCAAGUUUCUGUCCAUCUUAGCUGUUUUUCGUAGGACUUGUUUGAUGUACGGUUAUGAACCCUUUUCAGUGAUUGAUUCGGUCAUUGGUAAUCUUUGUAGUGUUUUUCAUUAUACUGUCUUGCUUGUCGGUUUUUGGAGAAUAAACCACUUUUUGUUACCGUGCUGUUUCAUGAUAGCGUCACUCUUAAUACAACAAACUUACUGGUCGUCAGUCAGUCAGAGAUACUACCGUCAUUUUCUCUAUUGACUUGUAAGUGAAAAACUAAAGGAGAAAAAACUAAAACGUGGGGUCGGCAGGAAUCUGUUAAAGAAGCAUCAUUUUUGUGGUGUAUAUAUACAACAUUUGGGAAUAUCACGAUAUCGCUGUGUUCUCUUAUACGAUGGAGUAUUUGAGCCACAUUUAGAAAAAAAAAGCAAGACUAAAAUAAAGUCGUAGGUACAUCAUUACUUAUUCUCAUAAGUAAUGAUUUUACAACGACUUUAUUCUCGUAGGUAAUUACGAAGUCUUACAUUUUUUGUUUUAAUGUGGCCCUAAUACUCCGUCGUACUCUUAUGUCUGUGUCGUCAACAUUUCAAAAUUUUUGGGCAGCCCGCUCUUUCUGACUGUAAACAAACCCGUUCUCCACCUCCUCUAACCUGAUUGGUUGUGAGGCAGACGCUGCUCCCCCGUGUCGUUCAGGAGCCCAAACAAAGUUAGCGUGCUACAAUAUCGGACAGUAGAAACCAACCAGAAAGUUCGGAAAAUUGUCUGAAUCCUCCUUUGGCCACGACUGCCGACACAAGCAAGAAAACAAAGUAAAUACCGGAGACUCUGGAGGAAUAACGGGCGCUUAAAACGGAGGUAGACCGGACAAGAGCUAAAAAGCCGGGUCAACAUAAACCAUGGGGGACGCUUGGGGAUCUUGGUGACCCUGUAACCUUUCUGCUGGACAGGUAAACCGCUUUAACAAAGUAAGACAAGUGUCUGUAACAGAAGUGUUUCUUGUCAAACGGACCUGCUGUAGCGUGUUGUAGCGCCAUCGCUAAACUGUCCUCCCUCGGGUCCUGGACUAUGUCACUUUAUCCUCGUUGUAGAAGUCCUGCAAACAUUGUGUUUGCUGGUAGUCUGUUGGCAUCUACAGUAGCACCAAUGCUUUUGACUUUCACCUUGACUGGGUCCCAUUUGUAAUGAUCUGAAGUAUUUAUCUGCAUUAUAUCUGAAUUAAAUUGGAACGAUACGA